AUGAAACCAUGUGAUCUUUUCAUUUACUUAUUUUUGUAUAUUUUUUUAAUAAUGAAAUGUUAUGAAUUGUUCAUAAUUCCAAAGAAUAUGAAAAUGGUUAAGAAUCCUAUUUAUCAAAAUAGAUACACAGACAAUAAAAGAAAUGCACUUUUAUAUGCAAAAAAAAAAAGGAACAGAAGAGUCAUAGUAUUAGAAUGCACUGAAGCAAGAAAAUUGGGAAAACAGCCAUCAAGAUAUGUAACAGAAAAAAAUAAAAAUAAUACUCCAAAAAAAUUACAAUUAUAUAAAUACAAUAAAUAUCUUAAAAGAAGAACAUUACAUGUUGAAAUAAAAUAA